AUGUUUGACGAAAUACAAAAACUCCAAGCGGAGAAUGAACGAUUAACCAAAGAAAAUAAGGAAUUGCGUCGGCUUUCUCUCCAAACCAAAAUCCAAGAUUUAGCCAACAAAGUUGAUAGUUUGACCAAGUUAGCCGAGCAAAAUCUCAAAGUGGGUGAAAGAUUAUUAGAAAAAGGUUUAGUAGAUAAUAUUAAUGCUUACACAGAAAAUAACCGCCGCAUAGCAGUUCAAGUGCAAGAAUAUCAACGACAAUCCGAAGAAUUGGAACAAGCCCUAAAAAAUUUGGAAAUAGUGGCCCAACAAGAGCAAAAAUAA